CUACAAAUACACUAGUUAAUCAACAAAAAAAAAAAAUACCUCCAUGAAAACUUCCGAGGAAAUAGUCAAAAGUUUUAUCAAAAUUUUACCCUCAGAUUCAUUGUAAGUAGUACUGCGCGCCGUUAUUGUUUUUUAUGGACCAACGAAACCGCACACACAGAAAUCAUUCACAAAACGUUGAUGCAAAAUUCAGUAAAGUGUUUACUUUUUCAACUACUGCGUUUAGUUCACCUUCCACAACGGGUGAGCAAGAUGUGCGGAACAAUUCUUUAUGCACAGCCGGGUCAAAAUGAAUGUUUGACCAACAGGCGUACGAAAAUGAAAAAUCAAGUGUCCUCCAAGCAGCAUGAGCGCAACGAAAAGAAAAAGAAAAAACUCGCUGCUCUAGCAAAUCUAAUACAGAUGAACGACAGGGACCGAGCGGAACGCAUACACGAGGUAGAGCCGGCGGAUAAGGAGGACGAUGAUUUUAUUGCAGUGUGUAGCAAACGGAAGCCGCGCAAUCGACUCACUAUCAUGCCGGACAGUAGCAGUACUAGCAGCAACGAAGCAAUCGUUGCAGCUAAUGGCAAUGCUGAUGAGGCCGACUCUGAUGAGCCCGAAAUUAAACGCAUUCGCAACAACUCUGCCGGAGGCGAUAAUGUACCGUCAACACUCACUCAGGACCAAUACAAGACGUUAUCAUUGGAGCUGCGCCGGCGAAAGCGCGAACUGGAAAGUGUGCCUACACUGCAUCUACGUGAGAUGGGCAGGCGUGCACAGCUGGAGAUACCACAACAGGAGCGUACGCCUAUCUUUCUUACGGACAUACAGCACUUGCUAAUGUCGGCUCUCAUUGGCAAAAAGAGCCCCUGUGUGCCCGAUCGCUGGUGCGCGGCUGAGAAAUUCUUGAGUCUCUCACACAGCGUGGUGCUCAUACUGGAGGGCUUGUCGCUCUAUCACUAUAUCUCCAAUGAAAGCCGCUUUGAGGCCACAAACAGAAUUUUCGAUACGAAAUUGGAAGUAGUGCUGCCGCCGCAGGACGAGGGAAAGAUCAUAGACGAAAUCGCGCAGAUUCCGCUGACAAAUGUCCAAGCGCAGAAGCUAAUUAAUGAGCACGGUUCACUGGAAUCUGCUGUGGAGCUAAGUAAGGAUCCCACGCUCUUUGUAAAAACAAUUUUUCCCAUUGAAAAGCAAGCGCCAAGCAUGCAGGAUGAAGCGACUGAUCUGCAUCCGGACGAUAAGUUUCCGCGUACAAAGCUGCUGCUCUCAGCGCUUCAAAUGGUGGAUGAAGGCUAUCCUAUACCGUUGCAAGGCGAGCUACAUGCGCGGUUCCAGACCUAUAUGUUCACCAAAAAGUCUUACACUCCAGUCACCAACCGCAGUCCUAUGUUCGGCGUAGAUUGUGAAAUGUGUCGCACUGUCUCUGGCGAAAAUGAACUGACGCGCAUCUCUAUUGUGGAUGAGGAGUACAGGACAGUUUAUGAGACACUGGUGCGUCCCGUUAAUGAAAUUGUUGACUACCUCACCCAGUACUCCGGCAUAACGCCGGACCUCAUGGAAUCGGUUACCAAAAAGCUGUCGGAGGUGCAGAGCGAGGUGUCUGCGUUACUGCCGCCAGAUGCGAUACUAGUGGGUCAAUCGCUUAAUUCUGAUCUGAAUGCAAUGCGAAUGAUGCAUCCGUAUGUAAUAGACACUAGCGUGUGCUUCAACAUCUCAGGUGUACGCAAGCGCAAGAGCAAGCUCAAGCAUUUGGCCAAGAUGUUCCUGCAGGAGAGUAUCCAGGAGAAUGAAGACGGCCACGACUCCAUUGAGGAUUCGCGCGCCACUCUCAAGCUAGUUAAAAUGAAGCUGGCCAACAGCAUUGAGUUUGGCGACGAAAUUCUCACCCAGCGCAAGCGUAUCCACGAAGUCAUACGUGCCAGUGCCGGUGACGGCAUUGCCAACAAUCUAUUCGCCCACGUGGCCAAGCGGGACAAGCGCACAGCCAUUGUCACAGUGGGCGACCUGCAGCCAGGGCUUAAGGAGAUUAUACGCAAAGCGGAGCAGGCGACUCCUAAGGACAGCAGCAAAGCAGUCCAAGUGCAUGAGGUGUCCAGCUCGAAGGAGGCGGUGCGCAAGGUCAAUGAGAUAGCAAUGGAAAAUGCACUCACCAUUGCGAAUCUGAUAGUGCCGGAGCGUGACUUUUUGGUUGAGAGCGCCGAGCGCUCUGCGGCCAAACUGGACAAAUUCAUUGAGCGUAUGUGGAGCACAGUAGCACACAAUGGACUCUUUCUGGUGCUCAUGGGCGGCUCUGCCGAAUGCCAAAAGGGUGUAGCGAAGAUUGCGAUUAAACGUCUGAAUGGCAUCAGCGCAGUCGCACCCAUCAACUUUGGCGAAUCAUAGAACCCAUGAAAGCAACAUAUGUUCAUAUGCCCACAUAUUUAUGUGAGUGUGUCUAGAUCAUGACGAGAGAACACAUUAGCAUCAAAACCCCACUAAACAAAAUCUUAUAACGAAAUCCUUUCAUACUACCAUAUAAAUUUGCGUACUGACUACGGAAAAAAA